CUGCAAUAAAUCCACCAAAACCAGUCAAUAAAUUCCCAACUUCCAUCUUUUUCUUCUUCCUCCCCUCCUCUAACAAUGAAAUCAGUGAAGGUUGGAGGAUGAAAAAUACUCUUGCUCUUCAAGGCUCUUCCAUGAACCAAGAAGCUUCUAUUAAGGUGAAUUUGGUUUGCCACUCUGUGCACGAUGCAUCUCCUCUUCUUUCAGGAAAGUACUAGGAAAAAUGGGGUCUUUUGUUUUGUAAAAAGCCAACCUUUUGGGGUUCCCAAUCAUCUAAACGGCUUAUAAAGCUGCAGAUGUUCAUCUCGUGUGGCUUCUGAUCUUUCUUCCCCAAAUGGGUUCUGGGUAUCUGGCUUCAUCCAUCUUUCUUCUUCUCCUGCUCUUCAAAUGCUUGGCUUUUCAACAGCCUAACACUGAUGGAUUUUUCCUCUCUGAUUUUCUUGAAAAAAUGGGAGCUAAGCUUCCUUCAGUCACCUCUUCUUCAGUUUGCUCAUGGAGUGGCGUUUCCUGUGAUUCCACUGGAGUGGAUGUCAUAGGCUUCGCGGCUUCUGGGCUUGGACUCUCAGGCUCCAUCCCUGAAAACACCAUUGGAAAGCUCAACAAGCUUCAAGCCUUAGAUCUCAGCAUGAACCAUAUUACCAAGUUAUCCUCGGAUCUAUGGGGACUUGGCAGUUCUCUGAAAAACCUCAACCUUUCAAUGAACCGGAUUCAGGAUUCACUUCUAAACAACAUUGGCAACUUUGGCAACCUGGAAAUCCUUGAUCUUUCGCAAAAUGGCUUCUUUGGAGAAAUUCCUGCAGGCAUCAGCUCUAUGUCAAACUUGAGGCUUCUCAAUCUCAGCAGAAAUGCUUUUGAGGGGAAGAUACCUGAGGGAAUUACUGAUUGCAAAUCUCUGGUUGCAUUAGAUCUGUCUGUUAAUAAGCUCAGUGGGAGCUUUCCUUCUGCAUUUAAGAAUCUAAGCUUUCUGGAUCUUUCUAGCAAUCAAAUUCAAGGAGCCAUGCCUGAUUUGUCAGGUUUGGAAUCCAUUACCUAUCUUAAUGUUUCUGGUAAUUUGCUUCAAGAUUCCAUCACAGGUGUGUUUCAUGCGGCAUUAAAGGUUUUAGACUUGAGCAAUAAUCAGUUUUCUCAGAUUAAGCUUGGUUCUAGUUUCAAUUUGUCUUCUUUGGUUUAUCUUGACAUAUCUAGGAACCAUCUAAAUGGACAAUUCUUGAGUAAUUUUGGCCAAGCUUCGUUGCUUAAGCAUCUGAACCUUGCUAAAAAUAGAUUUUCCCACCAGAAAUUUCCUCAAAUACAUGACCUUCAUAUGCUAGAAUACCUUAACUUGUCAGAAACUAGUCUUACAGGCAAUAUUCCUACUAAAAUCUCCCAAUUAGUUGGUUUGAAAACACUAGACCUUUCUCAUAACCAGCUAAGUGGCAAAGUUCCUCAGUUUAUGAUGGUUAAACUUACAAUUUUAGACAUCUCCUCAAACAAUCUUUCUGGUGAAAUCCCUUCGCCACUUCUCGAAAAGCUACCACAUAUGGAGAUGUUCAACUUCUCAAACAAUAACCUCACCUUCUGUGCAAAGAAAUUUUCUCUCCAAAGAUUCAACUCUUCCUUCAUGGGAUCACAGAACAGCUGCCCCCUUGCAGCAAAUCCUGACAUCAUUCCUUCUAUCAAAGUUAAGCACAAGGGGCUGAAGUUAGCAUUGGCAAUAGCCCUCUCAGUUACUUUUGUUCUAGUUGGAAUUGUCUUUCUUUAUUUUGCUUGUAGAAAGAGCACAAGGUCAUGGGCAGUAAAGCAGCUUUCUUACAAAGAAGAACAAAAUGUUGAAGGCCCUUAUUCGUUUAGAACUGAUUCAACGGCGUGGGUUGCCGAUGUCAGGGUAGCCACUUCAGUACCAGUGGUCAUGUUUGAGAAGCCAUUGCUGAACUUCACAUUUGCUGACCUAUUAGCUGCAACAGGUAACUUUGACAGGGGCACACUCUUAUCAGAAGGUAGCUUUGGGCCAGUCUACAGAGGCAUCCUUCCUGGAGGAAUUCAAGUAGCCAUGAAGGUUUUGGCUCAUGGAUCUGCAUUGACCGACCAAGAUGUUGCAAGGGAGCUAGAGAGACUUGGGAGAAUAAAGCAUCCUAACUUAGUCCCUUUGACAGGUUACUGUUUAGCUGGUGAUCAGAGGAUUGCUUUAUAUGAAUAUAUGGAAAAUGGAAACCUUCAAAAUCUUUUGCAUGAUUUACCAUUAGGAGUGCAGACUACAGAAGACUGGAGUACAGAUACUUGGGAGAAUGAAACUAAUGGUGUUCAGAACAUCACAACUGAAGGUGUCACAACUUGGAGGUUCAGACAUAGAAUUGCACUCGGGAUUGCUCGAGCAUUGGCAUUUCUGCACCAUGGUUGCUUCCCUCAGGUAGUGCACAGAGAUGUGAAGGCAAGUAACAUCUAUCUAGAUUCAUCUUUGGAGCCCAGGCUUUCACAUUUUGGAUUGGAAAAGGUUGUGGGGAAUGAUUUGGAUGAUGAACUCACUACAGGAUCACCUGGUUACAUUCCUCCAGAGUUAUCUGAUCCAGAAAAGGCCUCCUCUUCUGCUGGUUCUCCAAAGAUUGAUGUGUUUGGUUUCGGGGUCGUGCUGUUUGAGCUUAUUACAGGAAGGAAACCGCUCGGUGAUCAGUACCCGGAGGAGAAGAAGACUAAUCUGGUCGAUUGGGCUCGAGCGCUGGUGAAGAAGAACCAAAGCUCGCUGGCGAUCGAUCCUAAGAUUCGAGAGACUGGAUCAGAGAAGCAAAUGGAAGAAGCUCUUAGAAUUGCUUAUUUAUGCACUGCUGACUUGCCAUCAAAGAGGCCAUCAAUGCAGCAAAUUGUGGGUCUUCUAAAGGACAUGGAACCUGUUGCCAAAGAUUAGAGUGUCAAAGGAAAGCAGAAAACGAGCUGUAAAUUUCAUAGUUCACUAAAUCUAAAAUUAGGUGAUCUUUAGCUUUGACCUCUUAUACUGCCACUAAGGUAUUUCUGAGAAGGCUUUUGUCAGUCAUCGUUGUUGUUAGCCUUAUCUUUAUCAAAAAAAAAAAAAGGACUUUUGUAAUGAUUUUGGUUGUAUUUUGCAUUGUUAGAACUGCUUUAGUUUUCA